AUGCAACCUACUAGACGCGAAAGCCUCUUCCUCUCAUCGUCUCUUAGCCGCGGCACUUCUCUUACCAGAAACGGGUCUCAUGAGAGCCUCUCUGCUCAUCCCCUGCUCUCCCCGACACCUUCGAUCAUCCAGCCGGCCUCCUCGUCGUCCUCUGUUGAUUCUCAUAAUUCUGCAUCUCCUUCAAAUUCGAACGAAACUCCUCCGCGAUAUGUCCCAUAUACUCCGCGACAGCGUGUCGCACCUACGUCCGUCACGACCGGGACUACGAUGCAUCCGAAUAUAAACUCUGCUCCACAGCAACAUUCCUUCCAGGGUGACGCCACCAGUAAGCUCCAGCUUAUGAACCUGAAGGCUGCCGCACAGCGUAUUGGGUUGGAUAUUAACAGCGCAGGAUGGGCCAUUCUUGAGCGGCUCAGUGAAGAGACGGAUCAUGGUCCGGAGUGGAAUGAAAUUUGGAAUGCGCUAUCUGUAGGGAAGGCGACGCUCUUAUUACCUCUCGAACCACACUCUCAUCACGACCCGAUCACUCCAGAAUUUCUGAAAGACCACAUCGCCCUAUGCGACGAUACUGUGCGAACUAGUUCGCCUAUAGUGACGCUGUCCGGUCUGCGCGGCUCACUGGCAAAUGACACUCUGACCCUCCGCUCCGCCCUCCAGCCCGCAUCAAAACCUUUCCAAGCUCUACUCUCGCCUUCAACUCGCACUUCCGCCCUGUCGGCACUGCCACCUUUACCCCUGCCACUCGAGCCGCCUUCACCAACACCCUCUUCUCCUGCGUCUGUCACUGGAGCAUCAUACCCUACGUAUACAAUUUCUUUGCAUCCGGCUCCACUACCACUUCCUCCACGGCCGCAAGCAAUCGCCAAACCUCCGCUUCCCCCUCGCCCCGGUACGCGUGUUGUUUCCGCGCCUCACGGUCCACCACAGCCGGCUGUGCAAACCCAUGGAUCCCGGCUAUCAAAUCCAUUUGCGUCCUUCUUCGCGCGUGCAACACCCCCAGCGAGCCCCACAAUGUCAACUUCAUCUCUCCAACCCGAAUCUACACCACUUGGCCCGUUACCCUCGGUCUCGUCAGGACCCACCUUACACCAGGGCGCAGUAUCCCCGGCACAGGCCUCAGGCAGCGGCUCGGCCUCAGACGGCGCGUCUGAACACGCGCUCGGCGUACCUGUGUACACCAUCUCGGCGCGCAUCGACCGCACGCAGGUCGCGCCCGCACUCGCACGUGCGUUGACGAAGGAGUUGCAUGCUGCGCUAGCGGAUGCUGGUGUACCCGAGUAUGCGGCCGAGCGAGUGGAGAAUUUUGUCGGCCCGCUGUUUCCACUCGUGCGCGCUGGACCAGAGGCGGAGAAGGAUGCAGUUACGAAGAGUGCUCCGCGGAUAGCGAACGGAGCAGCAAAGGGUGCGGGAGCUGGUGGGAGGAGGAACCGCGAAGGGUUGUGGGUUGUGGUUCCCGCAGCGCCGGGGGCAGACGAGACUGCGGCGCGGUUCCAGGAGUUUUAUGUGGAAUUGGAGGACCUAGUGCGAGAACGCCUCAAGGAGCACGGCCAUGGUCACGAGCACUUGCAUGGUGUAUUGAGGAAAGGACAUUUCCAUGACGUACAUACUGAAGAGAGUAGUGGGACUGGAAGUGGCAGCGGGAGCGGAAGUGCGGAGGAGACGGACCGGGAGAAGGAAAGGGAAUGGGAUACGGAGAACGAGAGGGACGAAGGAGAUGAAGAGAAGCGAGACGCACAAGUACGCGAUAUCAUGGAUGGCGUGGAACGCGUCAUUUGUUCGAUGUUCUACGACAGGCUAUUUCUUCCAGUAACCGCCGACGAUGCAUCCCAUGACGAGGCCCUUUCAAGUCGGAUCGCCGCUGUGAACUUGCUGGACCUUGGGCUGGCACAUUUGGGCGUUGAUGUGGGUAAAGCGGGCGCCGAGGUCGAGGCUGUAGUAAGGGCGUGUGGGCAGACUCUCGUGCAGCUUGAUCAGGCGUGUCGUGCCCCUGCAGACAAGGCCGCCAUUCUUGUCGCAGCGCAUAAGAUUAUUGUUGACGGCCUCUCCAGGUUGCCUCCCAUCAGACUCAAAUCCGAGGACGAAAUUCUCGAUGACAAUACCCCACGCGCGUCGUCGUUCGGAAAGCAAAGUGCUGAUGAAGACGAGGACGAUGAGGAUGAAAUGAAGAAAGUGCAAUCGGGUUCUGCUGCUACGAUAGUUGAACUGAAGGAACCGGCUCUGCUUUCACCAACAAUCAUCUUACCUCCGGACGAAGUGCCCUCUGAUACCCAUGCCUUGUCGCUUCAUACAGACGAUAUUAGCCCCGCCUUACCCAAUCGUAAUAACUUGCUGCCAACUGAUGCAUCAAGCGCUCCUGACCGAAGUAGAUCUUCAGAACUGACAUUGUCUCGGCCCAGCUCGCCGACGCCCGUUUCAGGCGACAUCAUCUUACCCCUCAUGAUCUUUGCUGUGGUCAAAGCGAAUCCGCCCCGGCUUGUGUCAAAUCUUCUCUAUAUUCAACGUUUUCGCCGCGAGGGCGCUGGAGGAGGCGAGGAAGGCUACUGUCUGAUCAACCUGAUGGCCGUCGCAGAGUUCUUGGAGAACGUUGAUCUAGCAGCCCUCGGACUGGGAGAGAGCGAGAAGAAUGUCAUCAGUGCCGCCGCUCUCAGCCCCAUCCCCGUUACACGCUCUGGCCUCAUCUCAGGGUCCCAACCUUCAUCUCCGCUGGCCGUCAAUCCGAGCUUGCGCGGCCGAGUUGAGCAGCAGGUCGACGCUAUCGCCGGCUCUGCUAAUAAGGUCAUAUCUGGCGUUGUAGACACAUCCUUCGGUGUGCUACGCAUGCUUCUUCCUGGCCAGAGCCAGGCACAGAAAACUCCCGCGGAGCCACAACUCGAUACUGACGCCCCUCCUGCCGAAGAGUCUGUGCCUGCACGGCCUGGAUUUACACUUCUCCGCCGUGACACCGGCUUCUCUAUCGCAAGUCUCGCUGCGUCUCUGCCUGGUGCGGCAAGUCGUGUCCGUUCCACAGGUCAGAACGAAGAGGCAGGACAGCAGAUGGUGGAAGUGCCUUCCCGUCCAGGCUCAAGCCGCUCAAUACGUGGCCAAGACGAGCGUUCGACGUCAGAGGAGAGUUCGAGCGAAGACGAAGAGGAAUCUGAGGACGAGGAGGGCGAGCACGAUACACGGAGCAUUCGUAGCUUCGAGAGCAUGAUGAGCGGGCGGCAUAGACAGCGGAAACGUGCUCCUGGGGGGCGGAAGAGCAUCACGGAUAGGCUGGCGAGCGUACCGGGCUUGUCGCGGUUGUCACAGUCCGCGCCACAUGAGGUGACGAAGGGUUCGCCACCGGGCUCGCGCAAAUCUUCCGUACUUUUCCCCAAGAGUGCGGCGUCCAAUCGUUUGGAAUCGCCAGAGUCCUCUCGCGCACCGUCCCCAAUAGCAAUUCGCAUAUCGCCACCAAAUUCCCGCUUCCUCUCCUGCACCGAGGAUGAUAUCAAGGUGUCCGAGGUGGGCGAGCUAUUACGGGAGUACAGGCGGUUAGCGGAGGCGGUCCGCAUGAUGGGUGGGUUCCACGACGAUUGA